UAUGCUUCGUUGUAAUUAUCAUAUUAAUAAUAAAAUAUUAUCAUAUGGAGAAAAUAUUAAAGCUGCAAAAACAAAUGGUCUGCCCAUUGUGGCUUUGGAAUCAACAAUUAUUACACACGGCAUGCCAUAUCCACAUAAUUUGGCUACAGCACUGGAAGCGGAAGAUAUUAUAAGACAAAAGGGUGUAAUUCCUGCUACAAUAGCAGUUGUAAAUGGUAAAAUAAAAGUUGGAAUCAAUAAAAAAGAAAUAGAAAGAUUAGCUAAAAGUGAAAGAAAAAAUCUUGUCAAAAUUUCCAGGAGAGAUCUCUCUUAUGCUAUAUCAAAUGGUUUAAGUGGUGGAACUACAGUUAGCGCUACAAUGUUUGUAGCUAAAAAAGCCAAUAUUCCAAUAAUGGCAACUGGAGGUAUUGGAGGUGUUCAUCGAUACGUUGAAUUUAGUAUGGAUAUAAGUGCAGAUCUUAAAGAGCUUGGACAGACAUCUGUAGCUGUUGUUUGUUCUGGCGUUAAAUCAAUUAUGGAUGUAUCUAAAACUUUAGAGUAUUUGGAAAGUGAAGGAGUACCGGUGGUAACGAUAGGUACAAAUUUGUUUCCAGCGUUUUAUAGUCAGCAAACAGUCGAUGGUAUAAAAUCUCCAAUGCAAGUGUCCAACGCUAAAGAGGCUGGCGCACUCAUUGCAACGCAAAUGCAGCUCGGACUAGAUAUGGGAAUUUUGCUGGCUGUACCUGUUCCUGAACCUUAUUCCAUCGAAGCUAAUAGGAUUGAAGCGGUCUUGGAGCAAGCGCUUGACUCAGCUGGAAUAAAAAAUAUCAGCGGCAAAGACGUUACACCCUUCCUUCUCUCGGAGUUGACAAGACUCACUAGCGGUCGUUCUCUUGAAACUAACAAAGUUCUUUUGAAGGAAAAUGCUGCGGUGGCAGCCGACAUAGCAUUGCAUCUUCAUAAGAUUCAAAACAAUUUUUCCGUAUCAGACGCCACCUCUUCUAAUUCAUCAAAACCGAACGAGAACCCUGUGGUGAUUGGUGGAGCAACUUUUGAUACGAUUUUGCGGGUGAAGGAACUGGAAAUUAAAUUUAAUGGAAGUACUCAUAAGGGUGAAAGUUAUCGAACUUGUGGUGGAGUUGGCCGAAACUUAGCUGCUGCUCUUAUAAAUUUGGGGAUGGCCGAUACAAAAUUACUCAGUGUAAUUGGUGAUGAUGAAGCUGGACGAGCGAUCACUCACAGUCUUGGGUCUGCAUCCUCGACCAUACGUAUUUUGCCUGAUAUCAGUACGGCCAGGUAUACUGCCGUAAUUGAUAAUAAGGGAAAUUGUUGUUUCGGUGUUGGUGAAAUGAAUGCAUUUAUGAAAAUUAAUAAAGAAUUUCUUCAACAAAAUCGACAGAUUUUAGAAAAUGCUCCACUCUUGGUAAUAGAUGGAAAUCCAUCAUUAGACGCAAUGGAAUUUGCCUUAGAUAUUUGUUUACAGAAUCAGAUACCAGUUUGGUAUGAGCCUACAGAUAUAAACAAAGCAUUAAAAAUAUUUGAAUGUGGGCCGAGAUGGCAACAAGUUUUACAUUUUAUAUCACCAAACGUCAAUGAACUCAUGGCAAUAGCUAAGCAUUUACAAAUCCCAAUACCAUCUAAUGAGUCUAAUACUGAUUUUGAAAUUGUCAAAAAAACGUCCGAAUUUUUAGCUCAAAGGAUACCAGUUGUCAUAACUACUCUAGGUGAACAAGGAGUAUUGAUUACAAGAAAAUCUUCAGCUAAUGAAUUACUUCUAGAUAAAAAUAACGAUUCCAUUGAAAGUAGUGCGAUUCAAUCUCGAUUGUAUCCUCCAUUGAAUUUUGCUGGAGAAAUUAUUAGCGUGAGUGGGUGUGGUGAUUGCUUAGCCGCUGGAAUAAUUACUGGAAUUCUUAAAGGAUGGAAAGAAAGUGACUGUGUAUCUUUAGGACUUCUUGCAGCAAAACAAUCUCUUACUUCCCAUGAAACUGUUCCAAAUCAACUAAACUUAUUAUCCGUAAAUCAAAGUUAAUAUUUGUUUAAGAUGUUUAAAAUAUGAGAAAAAUA